AAAGGUGACGACACCCUAAAACGUGUUUGUUUGUGGCCGUUUUAAAAUGUUAAAAUAUGGAAAACGUGAGUAGAUAUGAAUUGUUGAGAAACAAAUUUCGUUGCGAGUGUCCUUAUUUGCAAAAAUGCUGCUGUUGUAUUCCAUUGAGAAUGGGUUUGCUUUUUUGUGGCUACCUAAAAUUGGUCUCGGCCGUGGUCCUCAUUGGAACAGCUUUUAUGCCGUUGGCGUGGAUGGUUGUAAUGCUUAAAAUGGAAAAUGGAUUUGACGUAGUAACGUUAUUGAUUGUCAUACUGUCAAUAUCGGUAUUAGUGACAGAUUUAGUUUUUAGUAUAGUCUUCAUUGUUUCUGCUCAUAAGAAAAGCAGGAAAGCAAUGCAGGCCUAUUAUUAUUACAUGAUAGGUUUGUUAGUGGCCUUAACAAUACUCUUCGUUUUGUUUAUUAUACUCUUCAUGGUGUCCUUAAACCAUUGGUAUGAUAAUGAUUUAAUUAUAUCCACAUCUGUGGUCUACAUUCUAGAUACUAGCUCUCUAAGCACCGGUUACCGUUCUCUUGGACAUACAGUGAUCUCACCUCCCCGUCCAGGCGUAGCUGGAAUAGCCCUUUAGAUUACCAGCGAUUAGGUAGGUAUAAAACAGACCUCUGGUUUUCUACAGUCUAUUUAACCUUAAAAGCGGUCACCACCUCAACACAUGAGAUCAAAGUCUCAUUGUUAUUCUAUAACUACCUCCAGUCACUGAAUAUCCACCUCAAUAUUUUAAUGUCCAUUUGCG